CGGUGCAUUGUGGGGCGGGGCUGCGCGGCGCGGUUGUUUCUUGGGGCGCCGCCUGUGUUGUGCGGGAAGCUCGGGAUGGCGGAGAGACCGGAGGAUCUCAACCUGCCCAACGCCGUCAUCACCCGCAUCAUCAAAGAGGCGCUGCCUGAUGGGGUGAAUAUAUCCAAAGAAGCUCGGAGUGCGAUAUCUCGAGCAGCAAGUGUGUUUGUGCUCUAUGCAACGUCAUGUGCAAAUAACUUUGCCAUGAAGGGGAAGAGGAAAACGCUGAAUGCUGGUGAUGUUCUCUCUGCCAUGGAGGAAAUGGAGUUUCAGCGAUUUAUAGCCCCUUUGAAAGAGUCCCUGGAAGUUUACAGACGUGAACAGAAGGGAAAGAAAGAAGCAAGGAAAGAUAAAGACAAGAAGGCAGACUCAGAGGAACAAGAUAAGAGCCGAGAAGAUGAUAAUGAUGAUGAUGAUGAAAGGAUGGAGGAAGAAGAGCAAAAUGAGGAGGAGGAGGUGGACAACUGAGCUUGUCAAUGGGACAUAACAGGGUUGGGUUAUUGUUACUAGGGCUAUAAAUGUUGUAAAGAAAUCUUGCUGUGUCCCCUCUGGUUUCCAGUAGAGCUCCUUACUGUUCUUCUGGAAUCUCUCUUUGGCUUUAGCAUGUACAUAAAGGACUUGGCUAAAGCGUUUCUCAUGGGUGCCUCACCUCCUCCCUGUGCGCAGGGGACUUGGCAGCUUCCACAGGUGCUGAACAGACAGUAAUGGGUCUGGUAUUUUUAUGCUGGAUUAACUCUGAAGCAAAGGGAAAGAAGAGAAAUGUCAGUUGCCUCAAUACAGAAAAGACCUGGAGAACAUGAAAAAACUUUUGAAUAAGCUCGUUAAACCAACGGAACAUCUGAAUCCUGGUUCCUUAACCCUUUGGGGUUUACAGUCUACGUGAUGAUGUUAAGAGCCUUAGAAGCUGACUGUUUAAGCUUUUUAUCCAAGUGAUGUUUUUUCCUUCAUUUUCUUGCAUUCUGGCUGUGCCUUCUCUUUCCUGCUCUUUCAGUGAUACUGCCAGCCUCACCAGCUGCAUGCAGCACACCUGUACAAGGGCCAGUGGUUCCCUGAACUGAAUUCCUCCCCUAAAUGAACCAGAAUUAAAAAAAAAAAAAAAAAAAAAAAAA